UGAAAGCGGAUUGUCCCUGAACGUUCGCCCAGCUGUAAGAAUAACGCCGUUCACUCUCUCCAUAUGCGUGGACUUCCACCACCAUGGGGACUUAACCGAGGAUAGCACCGAGGAUAGUGGAAUUGAUCCCGUCCUGACCCGAUUAGCAUCCGUUUCUUUCGCUGGUUGGCUGCCUUACCUUAAUUUUGUCCAGGAGCUGUCAAACGUAAGAAGCGAUGUCGGAAAAGAUGUCCAGUUUCCUCCAUAUAGGGGACAUUUGUUCCCUCUAUGCAGAGGGCUCUACCAGUGGAUUUAUCAGCACCUUAGGGCUUGUGGAUGACCGCUGCGUGGUUCAACCUGACACAGGGGACCUCAACAACCCACCCAAGAAAUUCAGAGAUUGCCUUUUCAAACUGUGUCCCAUGAACAGAUACUCAGCACAGAAACAAUUCUGGAAGGCAGCAAAACCUGGAGGCAACACCACCACUGACACUGUUCUCCUCAACAAACUCCAUCAUGCGGCCGACUUGGAAAAGAAGCAGAACGAGUCUGAGAAUCGCAAGUUGCUUGGAUCGGUCAUCCAAUAUGGCAAUGUCAUUCAGCUGCUGCAUUUGAAGAGCAAUAAGUACCUGACAGUGAACAAGCGUCUACCUGCACUCCUGGAAAAGAAUGCCAUGAGGGUGACACUGGACUCUGCAGGAAAUGAGGGGUCAUGGUUCUACAUCCAGCCUUUCUACAAAUUGCGGUCCCUGGGAGACAGUGUGGUGAUUGGAGAUAAAGUUGUCCUUAACCCUGUGAAUGCUGGACAGCCUCUACAUGCCAGCAGUCACCAGCUAGUCGACAACCCAGGAUGCAAUGAGGUUAAUUCUGUAAAUUGCAACACAAGUUGGAAAGUUGUUUUAUUCAUGAAAUGGAGUGACAACAAGGAAACAAUCCUCAAAGGGGGAGAUGUUGUUCGGUUGUUCCAUGCAGAGCAGGAAAAGUUCCUCACGUGUGAUGACCACAGAAAGAAGCAAUAUGUGUUCCUGAGAACAACAGGCCGCCAAUCUGCCACAUCCGCCACCAGCAGCAAGGCACUAUGGGAAGUAGAGGUGGUCCAUCAUGACCCAUGUCGCGGAGGUGCAGGCUACUGGAACAGCCUGUUCAGGUUUAAACAUUUGGCAACUGGUUGCUACUUGGCUGCAGAGGUGGGUGAGGUGAACCCUGAUUUUGAGGAAGAGAGUGUUGAGCAGCGAUCCGCAGUGGUGGACUUCACACCCUUUAAUUUCCAGCUGGAUGCAGAUAAUGAAGCUUUACGUGGCCGUCUACGGGCCCCCCAAGAGAAAAUCAUGUACACUCUUGUCCCGGUCCCAGAUGGCAUGGACAUCUCCUCCAUCUUUGAAUUAGACCCCACCACUUUGAGAGGUGGAGACUCGAUGGUGCCCAGGAGUUCUUAUGUGCGGCUAAAACACUUGUGUACCAACACAUGGGUUCACAGCACAAACCUUCCCAUUGACAAAGAGGAGGAGAAGCCUGUUAUGUUAAGAAUUGGAACUUCAGCAGUGAAAGAAGACAAGGAGGCUUUUGCCAUUGUACCAGUGCCACCAGCAGAAGUGCGGGAUUUAGACUUUGCCAAUGAUGCAAGUAAAGUGUUGGCGUCAAUUGCAGGCAAACUGGAAAAGGGUACCAUUACACAGAAUGAAAGGAGGUUUGUGACCAAGCUUCUAGAAGAUCUAGUCUUCUUUGUUGUGGACGUCCCAAACAGCGGACAGGAUGUUUUGGAAAUCAUGGUGAACAAACCUAACAGAGAGAGACAGAAACUCAUGAGAGAGCAGAAUAUCCUAAAGCAGAUCUUCAAACUUCUCCAAGCCCCUUUCACAGACAGUGGUGAUGGUCCCAUGCUGCGCCUAGAGGAGCUGGGUGACCAACGACAUGCUCCUUUUCGACACAUUUGUAGGCUUUGUUACAGAGUAUUACGCCACUCUCAGCAGGACUACAGAAAGAACCAGGAAUAUAUUGCCAAGCAAUUUCGCUUCAUGCAGAAACAGAUAGGCUAUGAUGUCCUUGCAGAAGACACAAUAACUGCUCUACUCCACAACAACAGGAAGUUGUUAGAGAAGCAUAUCACUGCUGCAGAGAUAGACACAUUUGUCACUCUUGUGAGGAAGAAUCGGGAGCCAAGGUUUUUGGACUACCUGUCGGAUCUUUGUGUGUCCAUGAACAAAUCCAUCCCUGUGACGCAGGAGCUCAUCUGUAAUGCAGUGCUUGAUCCAACCAAUGCUGACAUCCUCAUCGAAACUCGAUUAGUCUUAUCAAGGUUUGAGUUUGAAGUAUCAACAAAUGGUGAGAAUCCUGUUGAGGCUGAGGAUGAAGAGGAGGUGUGGCUGUUCUGGAAGGACAAUUUCAAGGAUAUACGAAGUAAGAGCGUACGAGAGUUGGCCCAAGAUGCAAAGGAGGGUCAGAAGGAAGACCAUGAGGUUGUCAGUAACUACAGGUGUCAACUCAACCUUUUUGCCCGGAUGUGUUUGGACCGUCAGUACUUGGCAAUCAAUAAGAUCUCUGGCCAGCUGGACGUGGAUUUGAUCCUUCGCUGUAUGUCUGAUGAGGACCUGCCCUAUGACUUGCGGGCCUCCUUCUGUCGCCUCAUGCUGCACAUGCAUGUGGACCGUGAUCCCCAGGAGCAAGUAACACCUGUCAAAUAUGCCCGUCUUUGGUCUGAGAUCCCCUCUCAAAUUACAAUUGAGGACUAUGAUAAUGAUGGAACCAGCAGAGAUGAGAUCAAGGAGCGAUUUUGCCUCACUAUGGAUUUUGUAGAGAACUAUCUGAGAGAGGUGGUGUCACAAAAUGUUCCCUUCUCUGACAAAGAGAAAAACAAGCUGACCUUUGAGGUAGUGAAUCUGGCAAGGAACCUCAUCUACUUUGGGUUCUACAACUUCAGUGACUUGUUAAGGCUGACAAAGAUACUGCUGAAUAUUUUAGACUGUGUCCAUGUCAGCACCGUAUACCCCAUCAACAAGCUUGAGAAGGAAGAGCAAAGCAAAGCUGGCAGUCAUGUGAUGAAGUCCAUUCAUGGAGUCGGGGAGCUAAUGACCCAGGUAGUGCUGCGAGGUGGCGGUCUGCUGCACACCACACCAACUCAUCAGCCAGAGGGCGAUGUAGUUAAAGCCCAGGCUGAACCAGAGAGAGAAGACAUCAUGGUCAUGGACACCAAGCUUAAGAUCAUUGAAAUUCUACAGUUUAUCCUAAAUGUGCGGCUAGACUACAGGAUUUCCUGCCUACUUUGUAUUUUCAAACGAGAGUUUGACGAAAACAACCCGCAAUCAGAAAAUGCUGCCAGCCAGAAUGGAACCAAUAAUGUCAUCAGUCAGAUGCCAGGAAAUCUUGACUUUGAAAAUAUUGAGGAGCAGGCAGAAGGAAUAUUUGGAGGAAGUGAAGAGAACACUCCACUUGACUUGGAUGACCACGGUGGACGUACCUUCCUAAGAGUGCUGCUACACCUUACCAUGCAUGACUACCCUCCACUCGUGUCCGGAGCACUUCACCUGCUCUUCCGACACUUCAGUCAGAGGCAGGAAGUUCUCAUGGCUUUCAAACAGGUCCAGCUACUUGUGACCAGGCAAGAUGUCGAUAACUACAAGCAGAUCAAAGCAGACCUUGACCAAUUGCGGUCCAUUGUGGAGAAGUCCGAAUUGUGGGUUUACAAAAGACAGGGAGAAGAUGUGAUGGACGGAGAUGGCCCCUCAGAGUCAGAUAACAAACAUAAGGGGGAUUCACUUGGUUCUGACAAGAACAGCACAGAAAGCACCAGCAACUAUAACUACAGGGUUGUAAAAGAGAUUCUGCUGCGUCUCAGUAUGCUUUGCAUCCAGGAGGGGAGCUCGGGAAAGAAGAGUAAGAAGCAGCAGCAGAGGCUGUUGAGAAACAUGGGUGCACACUGUGUAGUGCUCGAGCUUCUCCAGAUCCCUUAUGAAAAGGGUGAGGAUGUUCGAAUGCAGGAAAUCAUGAAACUGGCUCACGAGUUUCUUCAGAAUUUCUGUGCAGGCAACCAGCAAAACCAAGUCCUUCUUCACAAGCAUAUAAACCUCUUUCUUAACCCAGGGAUUCUAGAGGCCAUUACCAUGCAGCACAUUUUCAUGAAUAACUUCCAACUCUGUAGUGAGAUCAGCGAGCGUGUGGUUCAACACUUUGUCCACUGUGCUGAGACACACGGUCGACAUGUCCAGUACCUAAAGUUUCUUCAAACCAUUGUGAAGGCUGAGAAUAAAUUCAUCAAAAAGUGUCAGGACAUUGUCAUGGCUGAGCUUGUGAACUCAGGAGAGGACGUCCUUGUCUUCUACAACGACCGUGCAUCCUUCCAAACGUUAAUUCAAAUGAUGCGCUCAGAACGGGACCGUAUGGAUGAAAACAGCCCUUUAAUGUACCACAUCCAUCUGGUUGAAUUGUUGGCUGUCUGCACUGAGGGAAAAAACGUCUACACUGAGAUUAAAUGUAACUCCCUGUUGCCCCUGGAUGACAUUGUGCGGGUCGUCACACAUGAAGACUGCAUUCCUGAGAUAAAGAUUGCCUAUAUCAACUUCCUGAACCACUGCUAUGUCGAUACUGAAGUGGAAAUGAAGGAGAUUUAUACAUCCAACCACAUGUGGAAGCUUUUUGAAAACUUCCUGGUGGACAUUUGUCGGGUGUGCAACAACACCAGUGACAGGAAGCAUGCAGAUACCAUGCUGGAGCGUUAUGUAACUGAGACAGUCAUGAGCAUCGUCACAUGUUUCUUCAGCUCUCCUUUUUCUGAUCAGAGCACAAGCUUGCAGAUGGCUCGCAAUAUGUAUGCCGCCAUUCUGGGAAAGAUAACUGAGACUCGACAACCUGUUUUUGUACAGCUAUUGCAGGGGGUUUUCAGAGUAUACCACUGUAACUGGCUUAACACUGUACAGAAAGCUUCAGUGGAGGCUUGCAUCAAAGUACUCUCAGACGUCGCUAAGAGCAGAGCCAUUGCCAUCCCAGUGGAUCUGGACAGUCAAGUGAACAACUUAUUCGUCAAGUCCAAUCAUGUUGUACAGAAGAGCCUCCUCAACUGGAAAUUGUCAGCGAAGAACACUUCCAGACGAGAUUCUGGAAUUCCGACCUCCAAAGACUAUAGAAACAUCAUUGAAAGGCUCCAGGACAUAGUGUCAGCUCUGGAAGACCGUCUACGGCCGCUGGUCCAAGCUGAGCUCUCGGUGCUUGUUGAUGUCCUGCAUCGUCCUGAGUUGCUCUUCCCUGAGAACACACAAGCUCGCAAGAAAUGUGAAAGUGGAGGAUUCAUAUCAAAACUAAUUAAACACACCAAGCAGUUGCUGGAGGAGAAUGAGGAGCGUCUGUGCAUCAAAGUACUGCAGACUCUCAGGGAGAUGAUGACGAAAGACCGUGGCCACAGGGAGAAGCUGAUUGCCUUUGAUGAUGAAAUGGAUGUGGCUGAGCUGGCACCUCCACCUGAACCUGAAGUCCCUGCUGAGGACCUUGACCCCAACCAGCCUCAGAAGCAACAGGAGGAUCAGAGGAGGGGAGAAGCUUUGCGGCAGAUCUUGGUCAACCGGUACUAUGGGAAUGUAAAAUCUGGACAGAGGCGAGAUAGUCACACGCCGUUUAGCAACGCUCCACUUUCUACUGGCGCACAGGGGAAACCUCUUACAGUUGUCAGCCCUGGGAUUGGAGGGCGCGGCGAACUGAGUUUAGCAGAGGUCCAGUGUCACCUGGAUAAAGAGGGAGCUUCUGAUCUGGUUAUUGACCUCAUCAUGAAUGCUACCAGCGAUCGCAUCUUCCAAGAAAGCAUACUGCUAGCUAUUGCCCUACUGGAGGGUGGAAACACGGUCAUCCAGCGCUCAUUCUACCAGCGUUUGACGGGGGAUAACAAGUCAGAGAAAUUCUUCAAGGUGUUUAAUGAGCGCAUGAAGCUGGCCCAGCAGGAAAUCAAGGCCACUGUGACCGUGAACACCAGUGACCUGGGCAACAAGAAGAAAGAUGAAGAACCGCUAGAAAAGGACACACCAGCACGCAAUAAAGUCAAGGACGUGCCACUGGUAGCUGUUGUUACCGAGGAGGUGAAGGAGCAGCUCGUGGAAGCCUCAGCUGUCACCAAGAAGGCCUUCACAACAUAUCGCCGUGAAGUUGAAGCUGAAGAGCACCAAGCAGCUGCUGAUGGCUCCUCCGUGGCAAAUGCUGACAAGGGCCAGGAGGAUGGCGAGAUGAGUGUUAUCAUCACCAUCAUGCAGCCCAUCUUGCGCCUCAUGCAGCUCCUGUGUGAGAACCACAACAGAGAUCUGCAGAACUUUCUACGCAAUCAGAAUAACAAGAACAACUAUAACCUGGUUUGCGAGACACUUCAAUUCCUGGACUGUAUUUGCGGCAGCACCACUGGAGGUCUGGGGCUGCUUGGACUGUACAUCAAUGAGAAGAAUGUGGGCCUCAUCAACCAGACUGUGGAAAGCCUCACUGAAUACUGCCAAGGUCCCUGUCAUGAGAACCAGAACUGCAUUGCCACGCAUGAAUGCAAUGGUAUUGACAUUAUUAUAGCGCUUAUCCUCAAUGACAUCAAUCCCCUUGGCAAGAAGAGAAUGGACUUGGUGUUGGAACUAAAGAAUAAUGCCUCCAAGCUUCUUCUUGCCAUUAUGGAGAGUCGCCAUGACAGCGAGAAUGCCGAAAGGAUACUGUACAACAUGAGGCCUAAAGAGCUUGUUGAAGUGAUAAAAAAGGCAUACAUGCAGGGCGAGAUUGAGGUGGAAGAGCCUCAGGAGGGUGAUGACAGAGAAGAGGAACAUUCUGCAUCUCCACGAAACGUUGGCCACAAUAUCUAUAUCUUGGCACAUCAAUUGGCCCGACACAACAAGGAACUGCAAGCCAUGUUGAAACCAGGGGGCACGUAUGGAGAGGGUGACGAGGCUCUGGAGUUCUAUGCUAAACACACAGCUCAGAUUGAGAUUGUCCGAUUGGAUCGAACCAUGGAGCAAAUCGUUUUUCCUGUGCCCAACAUCUGCGAGUUCCUCACUCAAGAGUCCAAGCUUCGUGUGUACUACACCACAGAGCGCGAUGAGCAAGGCAGCAAGAUAAAUGACUUCUUCCUGCGCUCCGAGGACCUUUUUAAUGAGAUGAACUGGCAGAAGAAGCUGCGAGGUACUCAAGAGGCGACUGGUAACACAAACACCGUUCCAUUUUCAAUGCCUCGUCUUUCAGCCCAGCCCGUCCUCUACUGGUGCUCCAGGAAUAUGUCUUUCUGGAGCAGCAUCUCCUUCAACCUGGCUGUUCUCAUGAACCUGCUGGUCGCCUUCUUCUACCCUCUGGAGGGCUUUCGUGAAGGAACCCUGGAACCUCAUCUGUCUGCGUUGCUGUGGCUCGCCAUGCUGGUUUCUCUGGCUAUUGUCAUCGUUUUGCCUCAACCUCACGGUAUCCGGGCGCUCAUUGCCUCUACUAUCUUGCGGCUCAUCUUCUCUGUGGGCCUUGAUCCCACAUUACUUCUACUGGGUGGCUUUAAUUUAUGUAAUAAAUUCAUCUUCCUGAUGAGUUUUGUUGGCAAUCGUGGAACAUUCACCCGAGGCUACGGAGCCAUGAUCAUGGAUGUGGAGUUCCUGUACCACCUACUGUACCUGAUUAUCUGCACCCUGGGGGUCUUCGUCCAUGUCUUCUUUUAUAGCCUUCUACUCUUCGAUCUGAUUUAUCGAGAAGAGACCUUGCUGAAUGUUAUAAAGAGCGUGACUCGCAAUGGCCGCUCCAUUGUUCUAACAGCAGUACUGGCGCUUAUACUUGUCUACCUCUUCUCUAUUGUGGGGUACAUCUUCUUCAAAGAUGAUUUCAUUUUGGCUGUCGACAGGAUACCCAACAAAUCCCUGGAUCUUGGAGCCAGUAUUAUGAGACACUUCUUCUCGGGUGGAGUGUGUCAAAAAGAAAAUGGAGAAAACUGUUCGGCAGAAGCUCCUUCUCUUGCCAUCCAGCCAUCUGCAAUGGUGAUAGAGGACAAAGAACGAACGUGUGAUUCCUUACUCAUGUGCAUUGUCACAGUAUUGAGCCAUGGCCUGAGGAGUGGAGGAGGUGUUGGGGAUGUACUGCGGAAGCCAUCCAAAGAGGAGCCGCUCUUUGCAGCCAGGGUGAUCUAUGAUCUGCUGUUCUUCUUCAUGGUUAUCAUCAUUGUUCUCAACCUCAUCUUUGGUGUCAUUAUUGAUACAUUUGCUGACCUGAGGAGUGAGAAGCAAAAGAAAGAGGAAAUCCUGAAGACAACAUGUUUUAUUUGUGGUCUAGAGAGAGACAAAUUUGACAAUAAGACUGUUACCUUUGAAGAGCACAUCAAAGUUGAACACAACAUGUGGCACUACCUAUUCUUCAUCGUCCUGGUGAAGGUUAAAGAUUCAACUGAGUACACUGGCCCUGAGAGCUACGUGGCUGAAAUGAUCAGGGAGCACAACCUGGACUGGUUUCCCCGGAUGAGGGCCAUGUCAUUGGUCAGCAGUGAUGCAGAUGGGGAGCAGAAUGAAAUCCGAAGCCUCCAGGAAAAGCUCGAGUCCACCAUGAAACUUGUGUCCAACCUCUCUGGCCAGCUGACCGAGCUCAAGGAACAGAUGACCGAACAGAGGAAGCAAAAGCAGCGGAUUGGCCUGCUGGGACACCCACAGCACAUGAACGUAAACCCCCAGCAGCCUGCGUAGGCUCAUCGCACGGAGCCUCAAGCGCCUCAGCUUGAGCCUUAUCGUCUGGACAGAGCAGUUCUUACUUCGAGGUUGCACGUGACCAGUGUGAGUACACUAACUUAGAAGGAAGCUGUAAUAUAGUUGUAGUCAUAAUAUGGUGUGUAGCUCCACUGUGUACAGAUCUCACUCAGAACAUUGACACUCACCCAACCUGUUCUUUCUUGUCCAAAAAGAAGUUUGUGCCAAAUGUUUUCAUGUAAUAUUACGCUGGUUUUUUUUUGUGUGUGUGUCAUUUACUGGCUGCACUUGCUAAUUGGAGAGGAUGAUGAAUUUGUCCAGUUUCAUCACCCUCCAUUUUAAAUUACAUAUCUAUUUUAGACUGAACAAGCAGUAUUAUUUGUUGUGGUAUUUUGUGCAAUAUAUAAACUUAAAUAUGCAAUCGUAUGUGGAUUUGAGUUCCAUAAAACAUCUUAUUUCCCAGUGUUAACCUAUUGAAGUCUUACUGGAUAAAAUAGGGACUUGAUUUUGAUUUUACCUGCACAAUUGUUGAGAUUACUGUACACUUAAUAAGAUGACCUCCUCAAGUUUUCUUUUUGUAUUAUUACUUUAAAUUAAGUGCACUGCACUCAAUAAGAAUGUGUUGCAUAAACAUGCUAUAUUGUAUGUAAUAUAGUUUUCCUUCACCUGUGUAAAUGCAAGUGUCAUUCUCAGUAAUAACUAUCUCUUGUUAUUUCUCUCAGUACAGACCGUAUACACUGAAUGAUCAGUCAAGUAUACCUGUGUUGUAUAAUUUAUUAAGAGUCACUCACCCUCUUAUGGUAUACGGAAAGUUUGUGUCAUUCUUAUCGAAACAAUUAUAAAUCAUGAUUUCUUCUCUGUUGCAGCAAACACGCUCGCUUUGUGACUGUUCUUGUUCUCAAUUAAUUUUCACAUCCAGCUCACACGUGACCCUAGUAGGGAUAAGCGACACAGAAAAUGGAUGGAUGGACGCUAUCGUAUGUCUUCAUACCAUUGUUGCAUUUUUUACUGUAUGUAUGUGUAAAGUUUAUUGGUUGCCUUUGCAUUUGUAUAGACAAUAAUAAUUGUUACUUUAUAGGAUUGUUAGAAAUAAUUUUAAAAAAAUCAAGGUCAUGUCAAUUUGUAUAUUACAGUAGAAUUAUUUAUUAAAAUGAAUCUAAUUAUCUUUUAUUUUGCAUUCUGUUGUCAUAUUUUUAGAUAUAAAACAUGGUAAUAUAAAGAUGGCUUAUUUAAUAAUGAUUGCCAUUUCUUACACCUGCAUACAAUAUCAUACAUUAGCCUCUCCACAUUGAAAAUGACUGAUUUUGUGUGUCAUCUUCUAACGUCUGCAAGAU